GGGUCGGGCCCCGAACCUCGGCUAGGCGCCCCGCGCGCUGCCUCCGGCGGGGUGCCGCUGCAGCCCUCGGGAGCGGGGGGUCCCUCGGGAGGGAGCCACCGCGGAGCUCCUGGCCCGCGCCCUCGAGAGCGCGGUUCCGAAGGCGGUUCGGGGCAGGGCGAGACGUCCGGUCCAGCAGACGCCGGCCCUGCCCCUCUUCUGCCCCGACGGGCGUCUCUCCGGACCGAGCUUCUGGACUGCGUGGCCCUCCUGGCCACAGGCGGUCCUGCUCUGUUUCUUGUGUUUGCCGGGAUCGGCCGUGCUCGUGAGCUUCUGGAAGGGCAAAGCUGUUUGGACUGCGUGCGCCUGCAUUUUCACAUGCGAACGCUUGAAGGCGGCAAUUUAAAGGGACGCUCUGGCCUAGUGCUAUGUUGGUAUCUUUAGAAAUGGCUUCUCUGCUGAGUAAGACUUCUCAGGAACGGCCCUCCCUUGCCUGCAAGUACACAGUCUCAAUGGAGACCUCUGCAUGGUCACCAGUCCUCGGAGCACCCUGGCUCUGGCCACAGAGGUGUUUGGGCAGCACGGAAAGUGCCAGUUUGGCGUGGAAGGAGGAAAUCUGUGCCACGCCCCGGCUGUUCGCAGAUAACCCACAGGAGGGGCAGGUGAAGCAAGGACUGCUGGGAGACUGCUGGUUCCUGUGUGCCUGCGCCGCCCUGCAGAAGAGCCGGCACCUCCUGGACCAGGUCUUUCCUCCAGGACAGCCGAGCUGGCAUGACCACACGUACCGCGGCUCCUUCACCUGUCGAGUUUGGCAGUUUGGACGCUGGGUGGAGGUGACCAUAGAUGACCGUCUGCCUUGUCUUGCAGGGAGACUCUGCUUCUCCCGGUGUCAGAGAGAGGAUGUGUUCUGGCUUCCCUUACUGGAGAAGGUCUAUGCCAAGGUCUAUGGGUCCUAUGAGCACCUGUGGGCAGGGCAGGUGGCGGAUGCCCUGGUGGACCUCACCGGGGGCCUGGCAGAAAGGUGGAGCCUGCGGGACUUGGCAAGAGCCAGUAGCCAACAGGACAGGCCUGGUGGCUCGGAGCACAGGACUUGCCGACGGCUGCUCAGCCUCAAGGACCGGUGUCUGAUAAGCUGCUCGGUGCUCAGCCCCAGAGCAGGUGCCAGGGAGCUGGGGGAGUUCCAUGCCUUCAUUGUGUCAGAUCUGCGAGAGCUCCAGGGGCGGGCUGGCCAGAGCAUCCUGCUGCUGUGCAUUCAGAAUCCCUGGGGCCGGCGUUGCUGGCAGGGGCCCUGGAGAGAGGGGGGCGAAGGGUGGAGCCGGGUGGACCCAGCCGAUGAGUCUGAGUUGCUGUCCCAGCUGCAGGAAGGAGAGUUCUGGGUGGAGGAGGAAGAGUUCCUCCAGGAGUUUGACGAGGUCACCGUUGGCUUCCCGAUCACGGAGGCCGGCCACCUGCAGAGCCUCUACUCAGGAAAGGCGCUGUGCCACACUCAGGAGCUGCCUGGGGCCUGGGUCAAGGGGCAGUCGGCAGGAGGCUGUCGGAACAACAGCGGCUUUCCCAGCAACCCCAAGUUCUGGCUGCGGGUCUCAGAACCGAGCGAGGUGUUUGCCGCUGUCCUGCAGAGACCCAGGGUGUGCGCCGCAGGCCAGGCAGGCCGGGCUCGGGCUCCGGUGGGGGACAGGCUUGCCUCGAGGAGCCCGGCCAGCUUCCUGGGUGAGGACUACCAGGCUGUGGGCCUGCAUAUCUGGAAGGUGGAGAAGCGGCGGGUCAGCCUGCCCAGGGUCCUGUCCACGCCCCCCGUGGCCGGCACCGUGUGCCACGCCUAUGACCGGGAGGUCCACCUCCGCUGCGAACUCACACCAGGGUACUACCUGGCCGUGCCCAGCACCUUCCUGAAGGACGUGCCGGCGCAGUUUCUGCUGCGGGUCUUCUCUAGCGGGAGAGUCUCCCUCAGUGCCAUCAAGUCGGCGGCUGGGAGCCCUGCCCCUGGGGAGGCCCUGCCCGCGGGCGAGUGGGAGACCGUGCAGCUGCGGGGCUCCUGGAGAACCGGCCAGACAGCAGGGGGCAGUAGGAACUUUGCCUCCUACCCGAGCAACCCCUGCUUCCCCCUGUCGGUCCCUGAGGGCCCAGGCCCCCGCUGCGUCCGUGUCACCCUGCGUCAACACUGCCAGGACACCCAGUGCCACCCUAUCGGCUUCCACGUCUUCCAGGUUCCAGGGACCGGGGGGAGCCAGGCUGCGCCCGGCCUGCUGCUCCAGGAGCCUGUGCUGAGCUGCGUGCCGCAUCGCUACGCCCAGGAAGUGAGCCGGCUCUGCCACCUGUCGGCGGGGGCCUACCGCAUCGUGCCCUCCACCUACCUGCCGGACACAGAGGGGGCCUUCACGGUGACCAUCGCCACCAGGAUAGACAGGCGCUCCAUUCACAGCCAGGAGAGGCUGGGGCAGCUCCUUCAGGAGGCCUCCUUCAUGGCAGUUAGGAAAACCUAACUGGGUGACCCCCCGUGUCAGCUCUGGCGACUGAAGGUUCCAAGGGGCUCCCUCACCCGGUGCCACCAGCCUCAGCACCGCGGCGACCGCGCAUGCUCGCGGGUCCAGGCGAAGACCCUCCGCCCCGUGGGGCAAGUAGCCCGGGGCACAGCAGGUGCCGCGGGAAGGGCAGGGGAGACCGCACGCAGGGCGUCUCUGUUCCACGCGGCUGGAGCUGCAGAGCUUCCCGGCGACCCUGCACAGCGUCCGCGCCUGGCCCCAGAGAGAGGCCCUACAGCAGACGAGAGCAUAGUAUGACAAAUCUUGUUUAGAACUAUUUAUGUGCAACGUUUUUAGGAAGUAACUUUAUAAAUAAACGUUGAGUACUGAACAGUU